AUGACCGAUGACCAUUCUACUAAAUUGAAGCGACAUCAUAAGCUCUUCAAAGUGGUAGCCUUUACUACCAACUCUGUCGAAGAAGUCCUUGCAACCGUCGCAAUGAAUGCCGAUACGUUGUACGGUAGUAGAGUUGUCAGUGAAUUAGAUUAUAUUAUCCUCUUCUUCAAGUCGCGCAAAUUGGCAAACCAAGCAAUAUCUGCUGGUGCUAAGUCCAAGCUCACUAUGAUACCUCAAACCGUCAAAACAUCAUUCCGUUAUAAGGUCGACAAGGAUUUAGACAAGACUAAUAUGCAUUCUAUUAUCUCAACCCUUGGUUCUUCUAUCAACAAUAUCAAUUUUAGCAAGAUGGAUGAUCAGGAAUUUUGGGCUAUUGGUACUAAUAUUGAGUUACCUGCCAAUCAUUUGAAGAAAUUUAAGCUUUCCAAAAUGAGAACAUCUCGCUUCCGUAUUGCCUUUAAUGGUAAAGAAAAGGAUCUUCCUAAACUCAAGGGUGCCAUUAAUUCCCAAUGGAAAGUCAAGAUUGAGAGUAUCGAGUUGGCUAAGAAGAUGGAUGUUGUUGGUAUUAAAAUAGAUCAAAUUACCAAUAACAUUACCAAGUUCGUCCAAGUUGGUACUGCUAAUUUUGGAAGAGUUGGCUGGGUAAAACAAUCUCAAUUACUUACCUUAGCCGGCAAAUAUGAACUGGAUGUCCUUAAUAUCCAGGAAACUCAUUUAAAAUCCAGUACGAAAGACUAUUGGAAUAUAUGGUAUUUCAGAUCCUUCUUUCGUGGCUACUUAGUUUACAAUUCCAACGCCACUGAAGGUGAUAAUGGAGCAGGAAUUGCUACUAUUAUCAGACCGUCAUCUUUUAUUAAGGUACUCCAAUUCGUCGAACAUAUUCAAGGCAGAUUAUCAGAAGUCAUUUUGGAACUUAAAUACCUAGGUGUUGCCCGCAUUUUCAAUUGGUAUGGCCCGGUUAACAAAAACAAACUAGAAUUCAUGAAUAAGGUUCUCAAUAUUAUCAACAUUUCUGCUCAAACAGCGGUCUUUCAUGGUGAACAUAUUGUCAUAUUGGGAGAUUUGAAUGCCAAUACUAAAACAUUCAAUAAGGUAUCUUAUGCCCCCAUGAACGACUAUUAA